AUGGAUAUCCAUCGCGUACGUCUACAAUUCAUCUUGUGGCGUGCUGCUCUUCCUGUUUAUCUACGAUGGAAAGAACUCUCUGGGAUUGAUUCUUCUAGCCAGACGACCAUCAACAUCAAAAAUGGGUCAGUUAUUCCUUCUCUUCCUGAUCCUCCCUUAUUGCCUCUCAACUCUGUUGCUGCUUCACCCGCCGCUCCUGCUGCUUCAUUAUGUCCAACCUCAGAGCCUGGUCGUCCUAAUUCUGAGUCAAUUAAUUCGACAGUGACUGACUCUUCGUCUCAUUUAAAAGCAAGUGCUCCUGUUUCUAUUUCCAUCAAAGCCCAAAGUCCUGAGCUUGAGAUUACAGCAGUUCAUCACGUUUCGCGGUCCCUUAACCUCCUCUCUAAUUCAAGACCUCCAUCAGUGCACGCGGUUCCAAAUAGUAAUCGCGCCCCGCUCCCACCAACAACAAACUUGGCUUGCGUUAAUCUAUUGUUGGAUGCUUCCGCUCCUUCAAAUGUAUCUACAUCUACAGCAAUUGAAAAAACACAAGCUCUUACGAGGCCUAACAUCCGUGUAGCAAGUGGCCCAGUCAAACACCCUUCUGCUUACGAAACUACCCAUAACGGAUCAAUUGGUGGAUUUAUAAAUAAAUCCUCUUCUCCCCCGCCUUUAAUUUCUAGAUCUUCUCAACCAUCUAGUCUUAAUGUGGUACCGCCUCGGGAUCAUUCUUCCGCUCCGGCUCCUAUUGUCACUGGUGUAUCCUUGUCACCGAAUAUGGCGAGUGCAUCACUUCAUAAGCCAAGCAAAGGCUAUUCUGCCCUCAGUGGCCGGCUAACAGACAAAUCUUCAGUGAGCCAGUCACAUAAAGAAGGAAAUGGCACCCAUGUAGAAAAUUCAGCGCUCAAUCGAGAUUCGUAUCAAAGCCAGAUCAGAUAUCAGGUGUCACAGCAUAGAUCGAUUUCUGCGAAACCUCCAUGUCAGUCCCUGACCGACCUCCAACCCCGUCCAGCCCAUCAGCAGCCAUCUGCCAAUCCUGUAACUCACAUGCGGCACUCAGAGCCCCUCUCGGCUUGUCUGAGUAAGCUUUGGCAUGCUUAUUUUCGAUAA